AAACAUAAACCUUUUCCCGCCAAAUUCGAUCCUCCCAAAAGCUAUCUGAUCAUCGCCUCCUCCAAACCACCCCAAUUCCUCAUUCUUUCUCUCUCUAGCCAUGGCUUCCGAUUCUUCUCCGGUCAAUUUCAAUGACGGUCCUUCGUCACCAGAUGACUCGUUUUCCAGCCCAAUUGGAAACACAUUAUCGUCUCCGGGGGAUGCUUCUCGCCGGAGAAUGCGGCGCCGAUCUACCACUCCGUCGGCCUUCGGCACUCCACCGGCGGCCCAGCAAUCCCGUUUCGCCACCUCCUCCGAAGCAACUCCAACACCAUCACGCACCCGCCGCACAGCCACAGAUGGAAGGAGAAGAAGCAGUACCCCCUCGUCGACUCCCAUGGCCGCCGCUACCCCUUCCUCCACCGACGACGCUCCUCCUUCCUCCGAAGGCGGUGAUGGCUUUUACAUGGACGAGGAUCGCCCUACGUUCGUUUGGGGCACAAACAUAAGCGUGAACGAUGUGAAGGCCGCCAUCGUUAGGUUCUUGAAGAACUUUCGGGACCAACCGUUUACCUCGGAAAGUGAGUACCUUACCGAAGGGAAGUACAUCGAGACGAUCAAGAGAGUCCUUGAAGUCGAGGGCGAUUCUCUCGACGUCGAUGCACGCGAUGUGUUUGAUUAUGAUUCCGACUUGUAUGCUAAGAUGGUUAGGUACCCACUUGAGGUUCUUGCAAUCUUCGACAUUGUUUUGAUGGAAAUGGUGCCCAUCAUUAGUCCCUUGUUCGAAAAGCACAUACAGACUCGGAUUUAUAAUCUCAAAACCUCAACGUCAAUGAGAAAUCUAAACCCAUCUGACAUUGAGAGGAUGGUGUCUUUGAAGGGAAUGAUUAUUCGGUGUAGUUCGAUCAUACCGGAAAUUAGAGAAGCAAUAUUUAGAUGCCUUGUGUGUGGCUAUUACUCUGAACCUGUUGCUGUUGAAAAAGGACGAAUAGCUGAACCUGCUGUCUGCUUGAAGGAAGAGUGUCAAGCCAGGAACUCCAUGACACUGGUUCACAAUCGAUGCAGGUUCACUGAUAAACAAAUUGUGAGGCUCCAAGAGACACCUGAUGAGAUCCCUGAAGGAGGAACACCACAUACAGUUAGCUUGUUAAUGCAUGACAAACUGGUUGAUGCUGGAAAACCUGGUGACAGAGUUGAGGUUACUGGCAUUUACAGGGCAAUGAGUGUCAGAGUAGGACCAACACAGAGAACUGUAAAAUCAUUAUUUAAGACUUAUAUUGAUUGUCUGCACAUGAAGAAGACUGACAAGUCAAGAAUGCUAGGAUAUGACCAAUUGGAAGUUGAUAAUUGCUCAGGUGGAAAUUCAGAAGAUACCAUUUUUGAUGAGAAGAAGGUGGAGGAAUUGAAAGAGCUGUCAAAACUGCCAGAUAUAUAUGACCGACUAACCAGGUCUUUGGCGCCAAACAUCUGGGAGCUGGAUGAUGUCAAAAGAGGUCUCCUUUGCCAGCUGUUUGGUGGGAGUGCAAUAAAGUUGCUGUCUGGUGCUAGUUUCCGUGGGGAUAUUAAUAUUCUUCUUGUUGGUGACCCUGGAACUAGCAAGUCCCAGCUGCUCCAAUACAUACACAAGUUAUCUCCCCGUGGCAUAUACACCAGCGGAAGAGGGAGUUCUGCAGUCGGUUUGACUGCUUAUGUUGCCAAAGAUCCUGAAACCGGGGAAACUGUUUUAGAGAGUGGAGCCCUAGUUUUGAGUGACAGAGGCGUCUGUUGCAUUGAUGAAUUUGACAAGAUGUCUGACAAUGCAAGGAGCAUGCUACACGAGGUGAUGGAACAGCAAACUGUUUCAAUCGCAAAGGCAGGGAUCAUUGCUUCCCUUAAUGCUAGGACCUCGGUAUUGGCUUGUGCAAAUCCAAGCGGUUCACGCUACAAUCCUCGGUUGUCUGUGAUUGACAACAUACAUCUUCCUCCUACCCUAUUAUCCAGGUUUGAUCUGAUUUACUUAAUACUUGACAAGGCUGAUGAACAGACAGACAGGCGCUUGGCAAAGCAUAUUGUAUCAUUACAUUUUGAGAAUCCCGAGAGCAUAGAGCAGGAUGCCUUAGAGCUUUCUACACUGACUGCAUAUGUGAGCUAUGCACGAAAGCAUAUCCACCCACAAUUAUCUGAUGAAGCUGCGGAAGAGUUGACUCGAGGAUAUGUCGAAUUAAGGAGGAGAGGAAAUUUCCCGGGCAGCAGCAAAAAGGUGAUCACGGCAACACCUAGACAGAUUGAAAGUUUAAUACGCCUUAGUGAAGCCUUGGCUCGGAUUCGUUUUUCAGAAUGGGUAGAAAAGCGUGAUGUAAUUGAGGCAUUUCGGCUUCUGGAAGUUGCAAUGCAACAGUCAGCAACGGAUCACUCCACAGGGACCAUCGACAUGGAUCUUAUUACAACUGGAAUUUCGGCCAGUGAAAGGUUGAGACGGGAGAAUCUGCUAUUAGCAACUCGCAACAUAAUUAUGGAGAAGAUGCAACUUGGAGGACCCUCAAUGCGCAUGUUGGAGUUAUUAGAGGAACUGAAGAAGCAGAGCUCUGGCAUUGAAUUUCACCUUAAUGAUCUGAGAAAUGCAGUUGCUAGCCUAGCAAGCGAGGGAUUUGUAGCUCUUCAAGGUGACAGUGUAAAAAGAUUAUAAUGUGGAGGAGAACGGCAAAGAAGGAAAGAAUUGGUAGAUUUAAGCGCCUCAAGGUAACCGAGCAAGUUGUAACAAAAAGGCUUCUUAUGAAAAGUGCUCCACCAGAUAUUCAAAUCCCACCUCUUUUACGUUGUCAUGGUGUACGCAAAGUAGUUUAAGAGCCAAAAACAAAGGUGAUUGUUUAUUCUUUUAUGUGAGGCGGGUUGUCAUGUAGUUGUCUAAUAUAUUUGUAUCCUUUUUAAAUGUAUAACGAAUUGAGCUCUGGUAACUAUUUUUUUUUUUAAAUUUUAUUUUCCCUCUUGAUAUUUCACAUUUAGUAACUACUGUCUAUUUUCCUUUUGGGUAAUACCAGGCACGGCCACGUCCAUUGCACGUGGACCACCAUUUCUUA